GCACAGGUCAACGUUGCCCAUCCAUCACCGCGUGCAUUCGGGGGAGAGGCCCUACAAGUGCCCCGACUGCCAGAAGACCUUCAAGAACAGCUCGGAGCUGGUGCGGCACGGGCGGAUCCACACCAGCGAGCGACCCUACGACUGCUCCCAAUGCGGGCGGCGCUUCAACCGUCGCUCCAACCUCCUGGUUCACCAGCGGUCCCACCUGAAGCAGAAACCCUUUAUUUGCCUGGAUUGCCCCAAAAGCUUCGUCUGCAGCACCCAACUCAUCCAGCACCGGCAGAUCCAUAGCAAGGAGAAGCCUUAG